CCUCACUCGGUGGAGAGCCUCCGGGCGACGGAGGACUCGGUGACGCUGUGCUGGCUGGCCCCGACGGCGGGGCGGGUCCAGGGGUAUCUCGUCCGGUUCCGGGAAUCGCUGCAGGAUCUCAUCAGCCGGGAGCUCAACCUGACGGCGCAGUCGCUGCAUCGCUUCAAGGUCUAG